AUGCAGACGGGGGAGGCUAUGAGCCCGCAGGAAUCCACGGCACCGGGGGCUGAGACCACGGCGGAGCAGAAGGCCCGGAAUCACAUGGAGCCCACGGCACCGCCGCUUCCUCCUCCUUCACCGCCACCUCCAGGGCCGCCAGAGUACCCGAGACCCAGGCUGGUGUUCCACACCCAGCUGGCUCACGGGAGCCCAACGGGCCGCAUCCAUGGAUUUACCAAUGUGAAGGAGCUGUACGCCAAGAUCGCGGAGGUUUUCAACAUCUCUCCUUCUGAGAUCCUGUUCUGCACCCUGAACUCCCACAAAGUGGACAUGCAAAAGCUGCUGGGAGGCCAAAUCGGACUGGAGGACUUCAUCUUCGCGCACGUCCGAGGAGAGACGAAGGAGGUGGAGGUGACCAAGACGGAGGACGCACUGGGCCUCACCAUCACAGACAAUGGGGCUGGAUAUGCAUUUAUAAAGAGGAUAAAGGAAGGCAGCACUAUCGACCGGCUGAAGUCAGUGUGUGUGGGCGACCACAUCGAGGCGAUCAAUGACCAGAGCAUCGUGGGCUGUCGACACUACGAGGUGGCCAAGAUGUUGAAAGAGCAACCUCGAGGUAUACCCUUCACUCUCCGCUUGGUGGAGCCCAAGAAAGCCUUCGACAUGAUAGGCAUGAGGACAAAGACCCCCAAAUCUACAGAGGGCAAGAUGGUGAACGGGAGGGAGACUCUGCGUCUGCGUUCCAAGGGUGCGGCCACAGUACAGGAAGUGCAGAAUGAGUUUGAAGAGCGAGCCACAAUGAAAGUGGACGACCUGCUGGAGAGCUACAUGGGCAUCAGAGAUUUGGAGCUGGCGACCACCAUUGUCGAAGCGGGCAAAGACAAGAAGAACCCGGACGACUUCGCCGAGGCUUUGGACUCAGUCCUGGGGGAUUUCGCUUUUCCAGACGUGUUCUUGUUUGACGUCUGGGGAGCAAUUGGCGAUGUUAAAAAUGGUCGGAUCUAAAGCGCCUCAGGGAACCAGCUAUUGGCAGACAGAGCACUCAUUCUUACACAGCAUUCCUACAAACCUGCCGUCUUCAAUAUGCAAUCGCUAGUUUGGUCAGGUCCGGGCAAAGUUAGCAAGACUGCAGGAGAGAAAACUGCCACGUUACUCUGUUAAACUGGCAUGGUGAUUGAGUGAAAUGUUCCAAACAUCUCCCCGAGCAAGACCCAACCCAGAUGUUUCAGAUAGAGGAAGUAAACGUCCGCUCCUUUUCAUCAUGUACUUCACAUCCUCAGCUUUGAUCUGUCUUCCGUCCAC